UAUUCGAUCUACCAGUUGUUAUGCAUGCACUUGCUGCCGAAACUAAACGAAGACGGACAUAGUAUCGAUGCAGGGCUGUCAAAGAGUAUGGACAUCCUAGACCGACAGAGCACCAAUCAUCUCCCAGAGACAGCAUACUACCAUGCGCUCGUGACAUCUCAUCAUCUCGUGUCCCCAAUAAAACGACGGUCAUUACAGCGAUGCUCCUCUGAGCUUUCGAUAUCUGGCUUCGCCAAAGUUGGCUACCCGGGCGUCAUUUAUGCACAAGGCUCACAGGAAAACGUCCAUGAAUUCGUUGCCAACGUCAAAUCUAUGCACUGGCUGUCCCUAAAAAUGCGAUUGUGGAACCUGCGGAUCUGGCCAACGAUAGGGUGUCACCAGGGUCGAUCCGAGUUCCGGUCGGUUGGAGAAGUCGUGGAAGAAAUGAGAAGAUGCGGGAGAGACAAAUAUAUCACGGAGUUU